AUGACCCUCCACCGACCUGAGGAAGGUGACCAUCACCCUGAGCGACCUCACCGCAUCGCCGCCAUGUACCAGCACCUCCUCGACGCCGGCAUCGCGCGUCGGUGCACGCAGAUCAAAGGGAGGGAGUGCACGGAGGAGGAGGUGCUGAUGGUUCACUCGCUGCAGCACUGGCAGCAAGUGCACACGUCCUCCGCCGGAGUCGCCCGCGGCUGCUGCACGCAGAUCGGGGCUGACACCUACUGCAACGAGUUCUCCGCCCUGUGCGCGCGCAUGGCGACGGGGACGGUCGCUGAGGUCUGCAGGAGAGUUUUGAGAGGAGAAGCAGCCAACGGGGCGGCGCUGGUGCGACCUCCCGGCCAUCACGCAGAGCACGAGACGAUCAUGGGAUUUUGCUUCUUCAACUACGUGGCUGUGGCUGCGGAGAUUGCGAAGCGAGAGUUCGGCCUGCAACGAGUUCUGAUCCUAGACUGGGAUGUCCAUCACGGGAAUGGAACUCAGAGCAUGUUCUUCAAGGACCCCUCCGUGCUCUACAUCUCCCUCCACCGCUACGAGGACGGGAACUUCUACCCGGGAACAGGAGGAGCGCAUGAAGUCGGUGUGGGAGCAGGCAGAGGCUUCAACAUCAACAUCCCCUGGCCGCAUGAUGAGGUUGGAGACGCCGAGUACCUCAUGGCCUUCGAGAGCAUCGUCAUGCCUGUCGCUCGCUCGUUCAACCCUGAGCUCGUCCUCGUUUCCGCUGGCUUCGACGCUGCUGACGGCGACCCGCUAGGAGGAUGUUCAGUGACGCCCUACGGGUACGCGAUGAUGACCAACAUGCUGCGAGGGCUGGCGGGAGGGAAGGUGGUGGUGGCGCUUGAGGGAGGAUACAACCUGCGAUCCAUCGCUAACUCCAUGGAGGGACCGAGUCUCCACCCCCAAGCCUGA